AAGACCCCCGAAGGCCACUGCAUGAGAGGCAUUCUGAUAGUUCCCGGCCAGCAUGCACGGUUGGAUAACAUUGACGAGCAUGGGAAAUGGAAAGAGGAUGAGACAUUCUUCUACAUGGGUCAAGAGAAACGCCACAUCAGAGGUGAGAGCUGCGGCCGAGCUCUCAUCAGCUGGCGAAAGCUGCGAGAUGAGAUGCCACAAGCAUUCCGGCAUUUCUCCGUCAUGAGCCAGCCUGCAUCCAACAGUGAUGGGAUUUGCCUGCCAUGGGUCAUAAAGGAUCAGGCUAGGCAGUUCCCAUUGAGUGUGUGGAUGAGGGAUGCGUAUGGGCCUGCAUUCACAUCAGAUACGGUCAAGACCCUCUUCAUGGGGCAUCAGGUUCAAUCGAGCAUCAUGCCUAAGAUGACAUCAGCAUUACAGCUGACUGACACAGAUUUCUCACAUGCCUUUAAGGCAUCAGUGAGAAGAGCCAUCGAUGAGCAGGGCAUGAGGCAGGCGGCUCGCCGGAAUGAGGAGGAUGGCCACCAUGAGCAGCAGUUCCCGAAGAUGGGCAUCAAGGAAAUGGCAUUGGCCAUCGACGCUGCCAUGGAGCACAUGAUCCAGAUGAAUGAGAAGACGGAAUGGGAAGUGCGAUCACGAGGCAUGGGCCAAGGACAAGCCAUUCAUCCGACAUGGGUCGCCAAUCGGUACCAGCAUGAGAACAAUGGAGACAUUGAGAAACCCAAUUGGGCUCGCAUUGAGGGAGCCACUGAGUUGAGUGACCUGGCCCAUUGGCACUCUAACGAUGGGUUCAAGGAUGCCCCAAGCUGGGAGGACAUCCCAUUUGAUGACCAUUCCGAGCCCGAAUGGUUCAUGUGCGCCCAGUUCCAGCUGCCAUUAGACCUGAGAAGGGCCAUGCUGGCUAGAGAGGCGACCAUGAGCGAUGAAGCCAAGGCAAAGAGGGAGAAGAGAAGAGAGAAGAAUAAGACCAAGCGGCAGAAGAAGCAACAGGAGCAUCAGCUCACGGAUGAGGUCCGGGAGGAGCUGAGAGCAAGCAUGCAGGAAAACUCCAGGUAUGCAGCCAUGAGGGAUCUGCCAUCAUCGGCCUCCAAGAGAGGCAUGCCGAAGGCCAAGGCGAAGGCGAAGGCCAAGCCCGAAGCCAAGGCCAAGGGCAUGAGAUUGGCCAAGAUGGGCAAGAUGGCCAAAAAGCGGCAUAAGAAGCAGCUCAAGAAAGACACAUUGAGCAAAGCGGUGGAUGAGCUCCCUGAGCCGCCAUUGCCUCCGCCACCCGGCCCACCAGCUAUGAGUGCUGACACUGGUGAGCAUGACAUGACCAAGGGCACAUGGAGGAUAGUCAAUGAGGACGCUGGCAUUUCGCUGUAUGGGCGGCAUGGGUCCAUUCUGGGUGUCGGCCGUCAGAACUGCCACAUGCUGCUGGAGAAGGACCAUUUCGUCCCCAAGCAGCAGAAGGCAUGGGUCAGCAAGAGCCAUUGUGAGCGAUUGCCAGAGGGUGAGCAUAAGGUGUGGAAGUGGGCCCAGAUGAGCUUCUACAGGGCCUGGAAGCAGGAAAUGCUGCUUGACAUGGGGCUCUUGAGCCAGGACCUGGAUCAGCUGGAUGGGCUUGAGCAGGUUCACAUCCUCCCAUACCCAGACAUUCAGGCCGGCGGCAUAGAGCUGCAACAUCUGCAUUUGGGCUGGCGAGUCCUGCUUUGGCACAUGCUCCAGAGCUCAAUGCAAAGCAAGAGCAUGGGCUUCAUUAGUCCUGGAUGGACACAGCCACUAUAUCUGCAUCAUGACAAUGCCAAAGUGGAUGUGGAUGCAUUCAUUGAGUGCAUCAAAAAGCAGAUGAGUGCUCAUACACUGAACUUCCUCCCCCUGGGGUACUAUGACUCCCUGCCGGAUGAGUCCCAGCGAUGCAGGGACUACGCUGAGAAAAUCUUGGCAUCCCUGCUCUCCAUGGGCCUGCUGCAUGAGGCAGUGCUGCCUCCUCGCAGCAACAAGGUCUUCCAGGGAGUCGAUGAGUGCGGAUUCCAUGUUCUGGCUGCCAUGGAGCAAGAGGCCGCAAAAGCCAUGGGGUUUGGAAAGGCCAGCACUGGGUGGCCUUCGCAUUCGGCGAAGAAGUGGCAUGAGCGGCUGCAUAAGGUCACAAAUGCUCUCCGCACUGAGCAGACCAAGCGACUGGAUGAGCUGAACCAGCAUAAGAAGAAGGAGGAGGCCUUGGGAAUCAAGAUGAGAAAAGAGCGAGAGCACAUGGCGGCCAUGGCUGAGAAACGCAUGAGCAAAGGCCUUGAGCUGACUCAGCUUCAGAAGAUGGCCCAUGAGGUCAUUUGCCAAGGCAAAGUCCUUGAGAUCGAGGACAUGCCCCAGGCAUACUGGGAUGAGAGAAAUCGAAUCGAACUCCAUGAGAUUGGAGUCUGCAGCCGCUGCCGGCAUGCCUCAGGCUGCCUGAGCUGCGAUGAGGGUAAGCUCCUCGCAUACUGGAUGAGGAAGGAAGCCCGCAGAUUGGGCAGGAACAUUGCCCCUGAGUACAAGCUCAGCUCUGCUGGACAUGAGCUGGUCAAAUGA